AUGUUGCGACCUCCCCGCGUAGCACUGGGACAGCUGGGACAGCUGGGACAGCUGGCACCCCAAAAAAUCGGGACGCCAGUGAGCCAUGCCGUCCCUGGCCGGGGAUCGAGACAUAGCAGCCAAAGCAGCUGCAUAGCAAUUCCCAUGGCACUGGCUGUGGGCGCUGCCGUGAAACGCUCAAAGUCGCAGGCGCGUCAACGGCGGACCUUCGUCGGAUGCGCGGCGGCCUCCGACGCCUCCGAGGACUUUUUGGACUUCGUGGGGCGGACGGGGUCGCCGGCGCAUACCGUAGCAGAAGCAAAGAAGCGGCUACUAGCUGCAGGUUUUGUGGAGCUUUCAGAUGUCUGGGAAAUGAAAGCUGGAGGGAAAUAUUUUAUCACGAAGGAAGGCACAUCCAUCUGUGCUUUUGGUGUUGGAGGUGCCUUUGAUGCUUCCAAGGGAGGUGUGGUGAUUGCUGCCGCGCACACAGAUUCACCGUGCUUGAAGCUACGGCCAUGUUCAAAGAUGCCCUCCAGCGCUGGGAUGCUGCAGAUCGGAGUGGACACCUAUGGUGGAGGCCUAUGGCACACCUGGUUUGAUCGGCCGCUGGGCAUGGCUGGAAAGGUGAUCUGUGCCACCAAGGAGGGCAUGGAGGAGGUGCUGGUGCGGGUGGAGAAACCCAUUUGUUUGAUCCCCAACUUGGCGAUUCAUCUGAAGAAUGAGAAGGAACGUCAGGCCUUCUCUCCCAACAAGGAGAACGAACUUCAGCCGGUGCUUUGUCCACCCUGCGGCUCAAGUCUCAGCAGUUCAGCCAAAAAAGAAGAAAAGCAGGAAGAAAGUCCAGAGCGACGACAUCACGAGGAACUCCUGGAAGUGGUAGCAGAGAGUGCUGGCGUAGAUGCUGCAGACAUUUUGGAUGUGGACCUUUGUUUAAUGGACUCCACGCCUCCAUGUCGUAUAGGUGCCUUCGUCAGCACCCCACGCAUCGACAACGUGCUGAGUACCUGGGCAGCCUUUGAUGGCCUCAUCGCCAUGGACAAGGAGGCAUUUCAAAACUCCACGGAUUUGAUGGUGGCGGCCUCCUUUGACCACGAGGAAGUUGGUAGCGUCUCGGCGGCCGGCGCCGACUCGGCGGUUCUGGAGCGCUGGCUCAACGAGGCGUUGAAGGCCUUGGAUGGACGCUGGAGCGAUGUGGUGUCGCGGAGCUUCCUGCUGAGCUGUGACUGUGCUCAUGGACUUCACCCGAACUACAUGAGCAAGCACCAGGCGCAGCACCAGCCCAUCUUGGGGAAGGGCAUCGUCAUCAAGAGCAACAGCAACCAGAGAUAUGCCACGACGCCCAUCUUGGCACAGAUGCUUCGCAAAGUGGGCGAAGUCUCAAAGGUGCCACUGCAGGAGUUCGUGGUGCGCAACGAUUGCCCCUGCGGCUCCACCAUAGGCCCGCUGCUCUCGGCGCAGCUGGGCAUCCGCACGGUGGAUGUUGGUGCGCCGCAAUGGGCCAUGCACAGCUGCAGGGAAUCUGCACAUCAAGACGAUGUCCAAGCUCUGCGUGAUCUUUGCAAAGGCUUUUUCCAAAGCUUCCGCAGUGUGGAUUCCUCCACGAAAACGCUGUGA